AUGUACAGAGAUAGGGGCUUCCACCCACUGCACAUCGGAGACACGCUUCGCGGAGAGCAACCCACGGACCCAGAACUCCUCGUCUUUGACAAAAUCGGGCAUGGAACCACGAGCACUGUGUGGUUAUGCCGCAACGCCCUAGAUAAUGUGUGGUGCGCCGUGAAAGUCGUAAGCGCGCGCGACUCCAGGUUGAGGAAGUUGAGGGGCAUAGCGAAAAAGCAAUAUCCACCGGAGCUACGCGCCCUCAUAGAGCUCAAAGACAUGGACACCCGAAAAACCCACGUCGUCACUCCAACCAACCACUUCUGGAUCGAAGGCCCCAACGGUAGGCAUUUGUGCUUGACAAUGCCCCUUUUGGGACCUUCGAUACGCUAUGCUAUUGAAAAGACGAAUAAUUUGCCCCUUGCCAAGGAAUUACUUUUUCAGGUGGCCAAGGGAAUUGCGUUUCUUCGCAGUUGCCAUAUCUGCCAC